AUGUUUUUUUUACUUAAGUCGACCUCUGUGUUUCAACGUGGGUACUCCUCCGCACCCAAGGACAUUCCUCCGGGAUCGGGUGAUCAUCCUGCCUCCAACGAUGGUGUACCUCAGCACCCAUAUGCGUUGUCUACUCAGAACAUUCCUGAAAAUUAUCCAUGUGUUCCAGUAAUUGCAGUGACCGGAUACCCCCUCUUUCCAAAAUUUGUGAAAGUGAUCGAGAUUACAGAUCAAAAUCUCAUGGAAUUACUUCGGCGUAAAGUAAAGCUCGGCUUGCCAUUUGCUGGGGUCUUUCUGAAGAAGAAUCCGACUGACACGUCUGAUGUCGUAAAGAGUAUCGAUGAUCUCUAUCACGUUGGCACUUUUGUACAAAUUCCCGAAUUCGAUGACCUGGGCCACAAAAUACGGAUGUUGGCCAUUGGCCACCGCAGAAUUCAGCUGGUAAAACAAGUCCAAGACGCCUUCAACGAUGCCAAUACCGAAGCCCUAUCUCCCGAUGAGAAAUCAAGGAAUAAGCGAAACGGCCUCCUUCGACGCGUACGAAAGGCUGCGCAGAUGGCAGGUUUGCCAGCGGACGAUGCCACAGAAGCCCCCAAAAUCGAUGAGAGUACGGAAGAAACCUCCUCUGAUACCCCUGCCUCCGAAACCACUCCUGAACCGUCAACGUCUUUGAACAUGGAGGAAAGUCCCGCAUCCGGUGUGCUGAUGGUGGAGACGGUCAAUGUCUACACCGAGCCCUUCGAAAACACGCCCGAGAUCAAGGCUCUUAGCGCUGAAAUCGUGAAGACCAUCCGCGACAUCAUCACUAUCAAUCCGCUCUAUCGCGAAAGCAUAUUGGCGAUGCUGCACGCCAGCCAACGCGUCGUCGACGAGCCCGAGCAUCUGAGUGACUUG